UCGAAGCUCCCCGAGAAGUCCACCAUGAGGCUGGUGGGCCUUGCGCAGCGGGGCCGCCGAUAUGAAUCCCGCUUGGUGGCGUCUUUGCCGAGGGCGGACGGGACCGGGUCCUCCUGGAGGCGACUUGCCCUGGUGCCCAUCGCUAAAAGCGGGCUAAUGGAGCCGAGCAAGCAAACGGAAACACACCGCAACAACGACCUAGACUCGACCCUUUAGCCAAGGAGGACUCGACAGGAGAGGACAACGGCAAUCGGUUACCUUGCGACCGAUUUCGUGGAGGUUGAAGGCACUGGGUUUGCAAACAAACAUGGCCUCCAGUGAGCCCCAGUGGGUCACAAGUGGGACAAGUUUGUCCUCCAACUAUGUACCACCGAGUCUGGAGAACAAGCUCUUGGCGCAGACGACCUCCCUCUUGAGCUUUGCGCCGCAGACGUCUUCGUGCGUGUCCUUGCAUCCUUUCAGGCUGACAUCCACCUCCUCCAACCUGCUCCUGCCAUCCCCGCUCUCCUCGCCCCUCAUCAGCACUCAGAACAAGCUUCUCAACUCAUCCCAUCUGAUGCCAGCUAACUCUGUGCUUACCACCUCCGUGGCCCAUAGUACUCUCCUCUCUCGCUUUUCCCAUCUGCCUUCUUUUGUCCCCCUGGGAGAAGAACAGAGGAGAGAUGAUGAAGGCGGAGAUAAAACAUCUGAAGCUCAGCUGUCCUCUUUUGAAGAAACAAGUGUGCAUUAUUCUGAUGAAGAUGACCAAAUGUUGCCUGAAGAGGAUGAGCAGGUGGAUGAGGAAGGUGCAUCUUCAGCCAUGGAGGUACAAAUCCCAGAACUGGACCAUAAAGAGAACCAGGAAGCACAACCUGUGGUCAUCAGACAUGAGCAGUUUCCAGAUGUGUCCCGAGGGAAGCAACAGAUUGAAGAGGAUAUCAAGAAUAAGAAGUAUCUCCUGCUGAAUGCUGUAUGUUGCUCCCUGGUCAAUAAGUGUGCUCCCCCGGGUCAGAAGGACUGGGACUCCCAGGACAGCGUGUGGACCAGAAUCACAAACCUGGUCAAGGAUAUUUCUGUGUCUGACCCACAGUUUGUUCUCAAGGUGGCGCUUUAUACAAGACAGGAGUUGAACAUCCGCAUCACCGCCAACUUUUUGCUGGCUCUGGCUGCCAGUCAUCCCUCCACCAAGUGUCACGUCCGCAGGUACUUCUGUGCUGCCAUCCAGCUGCCGUCCGAUUGGCUGGAGGUGGUCCGGAUCUACAGCACGUGCUUCAGCCACUCGCUGCCCAUGUGUCUGAAGAAGGCCAUGGCUGACAAGUUCAAGCAGUUCAGCGAGUAUCAGCUGGCCAAAUACAACACACGCAAACAUCGCUGCAAGCACAACCGCAAGAAACGUGGAAAGAAACCAACUAAAGAGGAGCUGAAAACAUGGGCUAACCUGCUUAGGUCCGAUGCAGUUGUUCUACAGAAAUAUCUGCAGCUGGAUGAGAAAAAGGUGGUGGACAAGAAGCAAAGUGAGUUCAACAUGAAGAAGAUGAUCAAGCUGCUUCACAUCAAAGAGCCAGCUGAGCACGUUAUGGCCAUACUGGGACGGAAGUAUCCAUCCGACCUGAAGACAUUUAACCGCAGCGGGCUGACAGGCGCUUGGGAGCAAGAGAGAGUGGGACAAAGGAUGAAGCUCAAGGAGGCGGAGACAUGGGAGCGUCUGCUCAGUCUGGAGGGCAACAAGGCCGCCACGUGGGAGAAACUCAUCGACAGUAAGUCUCUUCCUUUCAUGGCCAUGCUGAGGAACCUGAGGAACAUGAUCAGUCAGGGCAUCAGUGAGACACAUCACCAGAAGGUCCUCAGCAGGCUCAACAAUAAGAAAGCAGUCCUUCAGAGCCGACAGUUUCCCUUCAGGUUCCUGUCUGCCUAUAAAGUCAUCAUGGAACUUCGCCACAUGGCAUUGCUGAAAAACUCCUCCAUCAACAACAUUGAUAUCCUGAAGGAGAUCGUCAAGAAGCUCCCCAAGAGCCCACGCUUCCGCCACCUAGACUGGGAGUCGGCCAGCAGGAAGCGGCUGAGGGUGGCGCUCGGAGUGCCGUUUGUCUGCCGGAUAUACCGCAUGAAGAAGGCUCAACUCCUCAAGGCAAAUCAGAGGCAGUACACUGUUGCUUUGUUGGACCGUUACCGGGGGGCUCUGGAGGGGGCGAUCCAGACCUCGUGCCGCUACAACAUCCCCCCACUGCCAGGACGCACGGUCAUCUUGAUUAACACCAACAUGAGUGACAAACGGUCCUGGAACAAAACACUGGACUUCUGCCUCCCGCCCGCCUCUGAUGAAGAGGACGACAAGGAGCAUGAUGAAGUAGAUGAAGAUGAAGGGAAAAGGAAGAAGAGAAAAGCUAAAGAGGACAAGCUUUCUCCUUCGAUGAUGGAGGUGGCCGUCUUGCUCGCUCUGAUGAUGGCCAGCAGUUGCGAGGACGUGCACAUCUUCUUAAUGAUGUGGAGUCAUUGCACCCUGGUCGACCUGACGUCGGAUGUGCUGCUGGAAAAUGUCAGCAGUGUGAUGCAGCAAAUCAAGAUGUUGAGAAAGGAGACAAGCCAACAGCUUCAAUUCAUUCAGUACUUCCCCAAGUUCAUCAAGAAAAACAAGGUGGACAACAUCAUCUCUCUGACUGAGAGCUGGAUCAGCAGUGAUGUGGAGUGGGCCAUCAACAGCCACAGGAAGGAAACCAGCAACAAAGGCCUCUUCAUUGAGAUCAACAUGUCUAGACUGGAUGGCGAGUCAGUCACCCUUGACAAGAACCAUGUGAAGCUGAUGGGCUUCAGUGAACAAAUGCUGAGGUUUGUGGCUGAGCGAGGGUCAUCCAGGCUGCUGGAUCACGUGGAGCAUUUGGACAAAGUAUACAAUGUCCCACCACCAGAGGGAGCCAAAAAUCCUGAGACAACAAACAACGUCAUGUCAAUUCCAACCACCCCGAAGUUAAGGUGGCGAGGCGUGCGAGUCUUCAUCUCCUCCACCUUUCGAGACAUGCAUGCUGAGCGUGACAUCUUGGUACGCAGCGUAUUUCCGGAGCUCCGGCGCCGUGCUGCACCAUACUGCCUCCAUCUGCAGGAAGUGGAACUGCGCUGGGGUGUCACAGAGGAGGAGACAGGUCGUGCCUCCGAGCUUUGCCUGGCGGAGGUGUGCUGCAGCCAGAUGCUGGUGGGGAUCCUGGGCGAGAGGUACGGGUUUGUGCCGCCCAAACCUGUUCUACCAGACCUUCCGCAGUACAGAUGGCUGCUGGGAGCUCCCGAGGGCCUGUCAGUCACAGAGAUGGAGAUGCGCCAGUUUCAGGCUCUUGACAGCAACACAGCAAAAAAACGAAUGUUCUGCUACUUCAGGGAUCCAAGUGCCACAAAAAUGGUGCCAGUGGCUUGGAGGUCUCACUUUGCCCCUGAGUCGAAGGAGUCUGAGUCCAAAUUGGCUUCUCUGAAGCGAUGGAUCCAGGACGCGGAGGUGAAGGUCACCAACAAUUAUCAGUGUGAGUGGGGUGGUGUUGUGGAUGGGAAGCCUUAUUUGAAGAACCUGGAGGACUUUGCCAAAGCAGUGUUGGAGGAUCUCUGGGUGGCUCUUGUGGAGCAGUUUGUUGAAGACGACGAAGAGACUGACGAAGCGUCUGAGGUGUUAGAGCAGGAGGUCCAUCAGGGGGCGCUGCAGAGGCAGUUCCUUAGCAGGGCUAAGCUGUUGUCUGCUGCUGUGGAGAUGGUGGAGCAGGUCCAGGCCAAAGGAGGGCUGAUGGUGGUGGCGGGGGCGCCUGGCCAGGGCAAAACGAUCUUCAUGGCUGCUCUAGCAGAGGCCCUCAAAACUGGAGCUAAAUCCAAGAAAAACAUCCCGUGUGAUGUCAUCUCCUACUCUGCAGUCGCCAGUCCAUCACCUUGCUGCGUGGAGAACCUCCUGAGGUGUCUCCUCCGCUGGUUGAUGAUGCUGAAGGAGGAGAAAUUACCUUUACCUCUUUCUUACAAGGAUCUGCUGUUGGAAUUUCAUGCCGCUCUGAAGAACAUGCAGAGGAGCAGACCUCUUGUGCUGCUUGUAGACAGCGUGGAUCAGCUCAGCUCUGACUGGAUACCACAGCACCUUCCGCAGGGUGUUUGUUUGGUCCUGAGUGCCACUUCCAACUCGGCUCUGUUACAAGUUGUGGCCAAAAAGAGAUCGACUUUACUCUUCAACUUGACACAGCUCACCAUGACGGAGCGAAAGGAAAUAGUCCAGAGAGGACUGGAGGCCUUCGGGAAGAAACUCAGUGACUCUGCCUUCAACAACCAGCUGCAGACGCUGAUAAUGAAGAAAGGUGCAGAGAGUCCUCUCUACCUACACAUGGCCUGUGAAGACCUGAGGAACUUUGCUUCCUUUGACAAGCUGAAGGAGAGUCUGCAGGGAUUGCCUCAGUCUCUACACCAGUUGGUCCAGUACAUCCUGGAGAGACUCUGCUCGCACUACAGGGCCAUGCUGGGACUCCGCUGGGCUCUGGCAGUGCUCACAGUCAGCGCCUCCGGCCUGCGGGAGAGAGACUUGUACUCCCUACUGUGCACAUGCAAUGACCUAUGCUCGCUGAAAGGACCGGUCACAUGGCAGGAAGUGCUGCGUCUGUGCAGGAGGCCCAAAGGACGUGUUCCCAUGGCCACCUUUACCCGCAUUGUGCAGAGUUUACGAAGCCUCAUGAGUCCGUCUAAUUGCCGCAACGCUGAUGACCUGUUGGCCCCGUCCAACCUGCACGUGAGGCAAGCCUUCAAAGAUUUCCUCCUGCCAACAGAAGACGACACAAGAAGAGCUCACCUCGUGUUGGCAGGUCACCUAUGGGUGCUGGCCGACGCUCAGGGUACUGAUACUUUUCUUCACUGUGAGGUCGACGCCAUCCAGCAACUGUCUGCUAGUCUGAUACAAAGUGACCAACAGGAGGCACUCCGCUUGCUCCUCUCCAGCUAUUACUUCCUGUAUGCUAAUGUGCGCCACCACCUGCUGCACCACCUCUUGGACACCUACAACAUGCUUGGCGACCUGCAGGACGCCGUGAAAGACUGCCGAGAUUUCUUGCAGCUUCACGCUGCCGUGCUCACCUCCUGGCCGGCACUCUUCAUCCAGCAGGCCCUCAAUAUGCCCCCUAAUACCCGCGCUCACGCCUGGGCCCGGGCCCUUGAGGGCAGUGGGACUGUACGAGUGGUGGAGUGGCUCAACAACCACCAUCAGUUUAAGAAGAGCAGUCAGCUGAUGUCCACCUUCACAUCCGAGCCCACCUGCUUGGCUAUGAGCUCCGAUGGAGGGAUGGUGGUUGGUACUGGACAGGGAACCCUGCAUUUUAUCAACUCAAACACUGGACAGGAAGUGAAGUCACUGGUGAGCAGCUGUGACGGCAUCUCCAGCUGUGUCCUUCUGAAGGACGGUCGUCUUGUGACGACCUCGUUCGACGGCCAAAUCGAGAUCUGGGAUGGCAGGAGUGGAUACCGGACGGCACUUAUUAAGGGCCACACUAAUGUGAUCACAGCCAGCGACAUCACUGCUGACCGGAAGCACCUUGCCACGGCAUCCCUGGACUUCACACUGAAGGUGUGGUCUUCAACAACAGGUUACGAGGUAGCAGCUCUUCCCAGCAGCAGCCCUUUGAACUGUGUGACCUUUGACCCCGAGGACCGCUUGGUAGCUGCCGGCCGCUGGGAUGGCAAAGUCGUCGUGUGGAACUGGCUCCAGGAUGACACCCAGACGUUGCUGCACGGCCACCGCCACUCAGUGCGCAGCCUCUCCUUCUCACCAUCCACCGCCAUGCUCUGCUCCGGCUCGGUGUCUGGCGAUGUGCGUGUGUGGUCUGUGGACCCCUUCUGGUGUGUGGGAUGCUUCCAGGCUCAUGUCGGCGCCACAGACGCCGUCACCUUCCUGGAUGAGGGCCGCUUGCUGCUGACCGCUGGCUCCGAUCACAUGCUGCAGCUGUGGUCAGGUGGACUUGGACGCUCAGUGGCCGCCGUAAAAAGGGACCAAUGUGAAAAGGAGCCUCCGUACAAGAAAAGCAAGUCCGGCACCUCCACGGAGCCCGGCGCUCUGUGCGCGGCUGUCAACGGGGACUAUGUUGCUGUGGGUUACCAUGGCGACGGCUUCAAACUCUUCUGCAUCAGCUCUGGUGAAAUGAUUUGGAAUGCCGAACUUUUCCACUUGACCGUCCCAUCCUUGCUGUGGGUCUCCGUGGACACCUCACAGUCGUCCCCCGAGCUGCUGCUGUCCACGGGCCAUGACAAGCACGUGCGGUUGUGGAAGAAAACUUUUGGGGAGCAUGGGGAGCUGACCGGCAUGGAGAUGACGACACUGUUUGCCGCGCAGUUGGGCAUGGUUCGGGCUCUCGCGCAUAGCUCCACUUACCUGGCGACAGCUUCGGAUGACUGCACUAUUGUCCUGUGGCUGCUGAGCCAGCUGACAGACGAGCCUUUCCCCGAUAUGGAGCCAUCUGCCUUGCUCAAGGGCCACAGCAGGGGCAUCACCUGUUUGGCCUUUAGCCCCGAUGGUGGACAGCUACUCUCUGGUGGAAAAGACAAAGUUCUGAUAGUGUCAGACAUGACUUCGUCACCUCCUGUUGUUUCCAAGGUCCUCCCUGCCUUCCAUCGGGACUGGAUCACUGGCUGUGUUUGGACUCCAGACUGUGUGAUAAGCUCAUCCAGUGAUUGCAGACUUUGUUUAUGGGAUGUGGAGGCCGGUCAGAGCCUGCGAGAAAUCACCUGGAAGAGUCCGCUCACCUCUGUCUGCUGUCAGGGGGCGUAUGUGGCGGCCGGCUGUGCAGACGGCAAACUGCAUGUGUGGAAGUGGGAGACAAACGUGGAAGUCUGUCACAUUCCGGCCCACAAGGGACGCAUCCACAGCUGUUAUGUCGUCACGAGCAAAGACAAAAACAAAGAAAUGGAUGUAGAGGAUCUCACUGUUCUCACUACAUCCCAGGAUGGAACAGCGCAUUUCUGGAAACCCUUACAGAUGGAACACUUUAGCACCUUCCAGGGUCACAGCGGUGCAGUUCGCAGCAUAGUUCAGGAGGAGAGCACCCCACAGUUCCUUACCGUUUCUGAAGACCGCUCCUUACGAAGCUGGACAUGGGAAACUGCUCUUUGUGCUUCCUGUACAGAGCAUCAGCCAAAGAUGAGAGGCACAGUCACCGCUCUGUGCUUCUCCCAGUCGGACCGCGUGCUGCUAGUUGGCUAUGAGUCAGGCCUGCUAGAGUUGUGGCAGCACGUCCAAGUGGUCGGACACAAACAGGCCUCAGACAGCAGCGUCACAGCCAUCUGCUCCAUGCCGAACAACCGCUUCGCUGUCAGCUACAUGGACCUUUGUGUAGACGUGUGGAAGCUGCUGUGGAAUCAAGAGCACAGUGUUGCCAGCCUGGUGAAGGUGACCUCGUACAUAGUGAUUGAGCAAGUAGCUCACCUUGCCUACUGCUCCAUUCUCCUUGCCGUGUCCAACGCCGGCUUGCUUUUUGAUGUCACGAGUGACGAGGACACAAGGUGGGAAAAGACGAUCCACAGCUGGAACCAGCGUGUGGAAGUUCUAGGCAUGAUCCGAAAUGAUGAAAAAAGCAUGUGGCUGGUGGGCGAGGAGAGUGGACAGAUCAACGUCGGCUUCAUUUUUGCCAUGGGCCCUGAGAAUAGCCUCAGUUCAUCUUUCAGCACCAUAAUCCUCAAAAACCAGGAGGAAGAGAAGGAAGAAGGAGGCUUGAUAACAGCCGUCACUAUGGACAAAGAAUUUGUGGUGUGUGGAGACGUCAAGGGGAACAUGUGGUUCAACCAGCCACCGGAAGUGUCCUCAUGGAGCACCAGGAAGCCUGCCCACCAUGACAGGAUCAGCGUGCUGAGACUUACCAGCAGCAGCAUCAUCUCCGCCUCCAUCGACAGGACAAUAAAGCUGUGGGACAGAAGCACCAAGAAACAAGUGGGAAUGUUUGUGUGUGGUGGUCCGGUGCUCAUGCUUGAGGUGAACCCAGAAAAGCCUUCAGAGCUGGUUUGUGGCGAUGGACUUGGGAAGCUAUACUUCCUCUCCUGGAGGGAAUAAUCCUCAAAAAUGUGUAUUAUACUAAUCAAAGCUUACUGCUAACAUCCCUAAAGACUAUUAAUGUGCAAUAUAAAUAUAUGUGUAAUAUUAAUUUUAGUGGGAGAUUCAAGCUGUCUUGCGCACAUGUACUUUUAGUUUUCAAAGCAAUAUAUGCAUGUUUUAUCAGUUUGCAUUUUUUUGUGGGCAGAAUUUUUAUUUUGUGUAAAAUCACUAAAGGUGUGGGGUAUUUAAAAAGACUAUCUUCUGUUUACAGCUAAGCUUUUCUUGAAUAAAUUUAUGUUUGA